CCUUUUAAAAAAAGCAGAAGUCACAAAAUCAUGGCCUUUGCACAAAUGACAAGUUGUGUUAGAUUUCACUCUCAUCAUGGAUCAAAUAUUGUUUUGGGUGAGAACAACACGGUUGCAUAUCGUAAAGCAAGUUUUGCCAACGGUCUGGUUUUUAGUGAAAGAUCACUUAAACCGGGAGAGGUAUUUUUCGUUAAAAUAACUCAAACCGAGUUGGGUUGGAAUGGACACCUUCGUUUAGGACUGACACAAUUGGACCCUAAUACAUUUUUCGAUCUGCCUCUAAUCUCCUUUGAUCUACUACCCCUUGGUCAGACCUGGGUAUUCUCUAUAUUUAAACCGGGGAAUGAAGAUUCUGAAGUCAGGCUACCAUCAGAGGUUGGAAGUUUAAUUGGCCUACAAUACAAACCAUACAAUGAUUUAUUCGCCCAUCUGCACUUGAUAGUUGAUGGAGUGGAUAGGGGUGUUGUAGAGUCGGAUAUCCCAUAUCAUUCCAAGCCUCUGUAUGUGGUUGCUGAUAUUUAUGGAACUACUAAAGAAAUUCAGAUUAGGCAAAUGCAUGAAGUCACAUCUCUUCAGACUGCUUGUAAAGCAGCCAUAAUGCAGAACAUUGCACAAAAAGCUGUUGGUUCUCUACCACUCCCCAAAUUUCUGAAAGAUUUUCUUUUGUAUAGGUGAGCACAUUGUUGGAACUUGGAAUCCCAUGUUACAUUUUUGUUGAUUGUGUUUGUAUUCCAAUUCUAAUUUCUGUUUGUUUACUUUGGUAUUUGUAUGUGAUACAAAUACUGCUGUUAGGCCUGUUACUGUACAAAAAUUAAGAUGUGCUUACAAAUAAUUUCAGAUUUGUUCAAUCAAUAAUAAAUAAUUUAUAUUUUAAA